AUGGGGCCCAGCCUCCUAGCAGUGGCAGGCCUCCUGACUGCAGCUUCAACCCUAGUAUCCAGUGAAGCUUUCACGCCCAUCCACGAAGCUGGGCGAUGUGCGAUCCGCGGGGACUGUGGCACUCUCUUUUCACGGCUGCCGUGCGUUGAUAACGGGCUGGCAAAAGACCCAGAGGACGAUGUGCGGGAGAAGCUUAUGGGAAUCUGUGGGCCAAAAUGGAAGACAGGGCCUCUGUGUUGUGAAGAGAAACAGCUCGACACUCUCUCGGAUAACCUGAAAAAAGCGAACGCCUUCAUAUCAUCCUGCCCGGCUUGCAAGGAGAACUUCUAUAACGUCUUCUGCACGUUCACCUGCUCUCCCGAUCAAUCGCUCUUCAUAAAUGUCACACAGGCCGAAGCGAGCGGUGAUAAAAAGAGGGUUACAGAGUUGGAUCAUCUUGUUUCCAACUCUUAUGGAUCCGGGUUCUACGAUAGCUGUAAGGAUGUGAAGUAUGGGCCUACAAAUGGCAAUGCUAUGUCCCUCAUUGGUGGCGGCGCGAAGAAUUAUACGGACUUCUUGAAGUUUUUGGGAAAGAAGGAUCCUUUCUUUGGCUCGCCUUUCCAAAUCAACUUUCCAAGACCCGAGGAAUAUCCCGAACCUGGUUCUGGAGCGCUGGACAUGACCCCAAAGAAAUGUAACGACGAAGACAAGAAUUUCAGGUGUGCUUGUGUAGACUGCCCUGAUGUUUGCCCCGAACUUCCAAAAGUCAAGGAAUCUGGUACAUGCCACGUCGGAGUGCUACCAUGUCUCUCCUUUGGAGCUAUACUGGUCUAUGGAGUUAUCAUGGCAUUGCUUGCUACAGCAAUAUUUGGACAUAUUGCCUGGGCUAAGCAUAAGCGGCGCACCAGCGAGCGACUUCGUUUACUACAAGACGUUGCACCAAGCGAUGAUGAGGACGAAGGUGAUAUAAUCCACAAUAAUGCUAUGUAUGAUCGCCCUCAGAGACAUUACUGGAUCAACACCGUCUGUGACAGUGCAUUCAGUCGGCUGGGAUACACUGCCGCAAAAUUUCCAGCGAUUACUAUUGCUGUCAGUGUCGCCCUGGUGGCAAUUUUGAGCAUCGGAUGGGUCCGAUUUGAAGUAGAGACAAAUCCAGCCCGACUAUGGGUCAGCCCAACUUCGGCUGCUGCUGAGGAGAAGGCUUUUUUUGAUAAGAACUUUGGACCUUUUUACCGUGCUGAACAGGUUUUCUUAGUGAACGAUACACAACCAGAAGGGCCAGGCCCAGUCCUCAGCUACGAAACUCUCACGUGGUGGAUCGAUGUUGAAGAUCGCAUUAGCAAGCUCAAAGGAAAGAAAACCAAUGCCACGCUUGAAAAUGUAUGCUUCAAACCUACAGGAGAUGCUUGCGUGGUGCAGUCCGUGGCAGCCUGGUUCAAGAACGAUGCGAAGCAGGUUAAUGCCAAAACGUGGAAGGAUGAGCUUCGAAAAUGCGAAUCUUCACCUGUCAAGUGCCUACCCAAGUUUAGCCAACCUCUCGAUCCAAAAUUGAUCCUUGGUGGGAGACAUGGGUCAGAUGAUCCUGCAAAUUCGUCUGCAAUCGUUGUCACCUGGGUUGUCAAAAAUGGCGAUGAAGAUUCAACUGUUGUAAAAAAGGCCAUGGAUUGGGAAGCAUCUCUGAAAGACUUCCUCCUUGAAUUACAAGGCAAUGCAACUGCUCGUGGUCUCAGACUGUCGUUCAACACAGAAAUCAGCUUGGAAGAGGAGCUCAACAAAUCUACAAACACCGAUGCCAAAAUCAUUAUCAUAAGUUAUAUUAUCAUGUUCAUCUAUGCAUCUCUAGCUCUUGGAUCGACUGCAUUAUCUGUACGGGGAAUUUUGCGGAACCCAGCAACUUUCCUUGUGGAAUCAAAGUUCUCUUUGGGAGUGGUGGGCAUUCUAAUCGUACUGAUGUCCAUCUCGGCAUCUGUUGGGCUCUUCUCAUAUGCCGGUAUCAAAGUCACUCUUAUUAUCGCAGAGGUCAUCCCUUUCAUUGUUCUUGCGGUGGGUGUCGACAACAUCUUCCUCAUCGUGCAUGAAUUUGAGAGAGUCAACAUUAGCCACCCUGAUGAGAUGGUGGAAUACAGGAUCUCAAAAGCCUUGGGUAGAAUGGGCCCUUCGAUUCUCCUAUCAGCUAGUACGGAGACCAUUGCUUUCGCCCUUGGAGCUGUCGUAGGAAUGCCGGCUGUUCGGAAUUUUGCUGUUUACGCUGCUGGUGCCGUGUUCAUCAACGCUUUGCUGCAGGUCACAAUGUUCAUCUCCGUGCUGAGUCUCAAUCAGCGACGAGCCGAGGAUCAUCGAGCCGACUGUUUCCCUUGCAUUCAAAUCAAGAGUGCCAGUGUGCAAUUGGGACACUCGAAUGGUAAUGGCUACGCCAGAUCUUACGAGGGUCAAGAUGAAAGCAGCCUUCAACAAUUCAUUCGCAAGAGUUAUGCUCCCACGAUCCUUGGAAGGAAAAUGAAAGCUGUGAUAGUGGUCAUAUUUUUAGGCAUAUUCACAGCUGGGGUCGCAUUGAUUCCCGAAGUCUCCUUGGGACUAGAACAGACAGACGCGAUUCCAGAUGGCUCCUACUUGAUCCCUUACUUUAAUGAUCUCUACGAUUAUUUCGAUUCCGGCCCUCCGGUUUACUUUGUCUCUCGCGAGCUAAAUGUCACCGAGAGGAAGCACCAACAACAGCUCUGUUCUCGUUUCACGACGUGUAAACAAGAGUCCCUGACAAAUAUUCUCGAGGGAGAGCGAAAGAGGCCAAACGUCUCGUACAUUGCCUCGAAUGCUGCAAGUUGGAUCGAUGACUUUUUCGUUUGGCUUGAUCCCACCAACGAGGAAUGUUGCCUUGAAAAAGGCGACACAUGCUUUGCCCAUCGCGAUCCAGCAUGGAACAUUACCCUCUACGGAAUGCCCGAGGGUGAUGAGUUCAUUAAUUACUUGGAGAAAUGGGUCAACUCACCCACAGAUCAGAGUUGCCCUCUUGGUGGAAAAGCAUCAUACGCCAACGCUCUAGUUAUCGACACAGAGCGAGAAACCAUCCCAGCAAGCCAUUUCCGUUCCUCUCACACUCCCCUCCGCAGCCAGAAGGAUUUCAUCUCAGCCUACGCCUCCGCACGCCGUAUCUCAGACGGCCUCAAAAAAUCCACUGGCCUCGACGUCUUCCCUUACAGCGUCUUCUACAUCUUCUUCGAUCAAUACUCCACCAUCGUCCGCCUAACCGCCACGCUCCUCGGCUCAGCCCUAGCCAUGAUCCUCGUCAUCUCCUCCUUGCUCCUCGGAUCCGUCAAGACCGGAGCAGUAGUAACAGCCACCGUCAUAAUGAUAGUAGUAGACAUCAUCGGCACCAUGGCACUCUUCCACGUCUCCUUGAACGCAGUCUCGCUUGUCAACCUCGUCAUCUGCGUAGGCAUCGGCGUCGAGUUUUGCGCUCACAUCGCGCGCGCUUUCAUGUUUCCGUCCCGCGCUGUCAUGGAGCGCGUGAAGAAUAAGUUCCGUGGCCGUGAUGCACGAGCUUGGACUGCGUUGGUUAAUGUGGGCGGGAGUGUUUUCUCCGGUAUCACUAUUACUAAAUUGCUCGGUGUGUUCGUGCUAGCGUUUACGAGGAGUAAGAUUUUCGAAAUUUAUUAUUUUAGAAUCUGGCUAGCGCUUGUGUUGGGGGGCGAGGGGUAUAUUGAUCCUGAGAGUGAGGGGGGAUUGCAGGAGGAUCUAGCGAGUAGACGGUAUAGGGCUUUACUGCCAGAUGAGGAUGAUGAUUCGGAUGAAGAGUAUUAG